AUGUCUGACACUGAGGAAAUCGUGGAGGAGUACGAGGAGGCUGAGGAGGAGGUGAAGGAGGAGGAAGAGCAGGAGGUUGAGGUUGAAGGACAGGAGGAGCAGGCGGCCGAGGAGCAGGCUGAGGAGGAGGCUGAGGAGGAAGCUGAGGAGCAGGCUGAGGAGCAGGUAGAGGAGGAACCAGAAGCGGAGCCUGAGAAAGAACAGGAGGAAGAGGAGGCAGAGGAAGAGCAGAACGAGGAGGAGGAUUCUAAGCCCAAGGCUAAGAUGUACGUGCCCAACAUCGCACCGCCCAAGCUGCCCGACGGCGAGAAAGUGGACUUUGACGACCUCCACCGCAAGCGCGUGGAGAAGGACUUCAACGAGCUGCAGAGCCUCAUCGAGCUGCACUUCAACACCCGGCAGAAGGAGGAGGACGACCUGGUGGCCCUCCGCAGCCGCAUCGAGCGUCGCCGCACCGACCGCGCCGACCAGCAGCGCGAGCGCACCGAACGCGAGCGCGAGCGACAGGCGCGCCUCGCCGAAGAGCGCGCCCGCCGCGAGGAAGAGGCCGCCAAGAUCCGCGCCGAGGAGGAGGCCCAGAAGAAGAAGAUCUUCUCCAACAAAGGCUUCGGCAGCUACCUGCAGAAGGUGGACCAGAAGAAGGGCAAGAAGAUGACGGAGCGCGAGAAGAAGAACAAGGUGCUGCUGGAGCGCCGCAGGCCGCUCAACAUCGACCACCUGAACCAGGACAAGCUGGCCGAGAAGGCCCGCGACCUGUGGGAGUGGCUGCAGCAGCUGCACUCGGAGAAGUUCGACCUGAGCGAGCGGCACAAGAGCCAGAAGUACGAGGUCAGCGUGCUACGCAACCGCGUCAGUGACCACCAGAGGGGCUCCAAGGCAGCCAAGACCACCAGGGCCGCCAAGGGCAAGACCGGCUCGUGGAAGUGAGCGCCCCCUCUGGGCGGCUUCUGUGUCUUGCCCCCUCUGGGCGGCUUCUGUGUUGGGGAGUAGAUUAAAAGGUUUGUCAUUGUUGCAUGAUUUGGCUUCGCUCCAUUGGGCCCAUGUACAGUCUCAUUAGUAAGCC